ACUUCUUUCCCUUUUUCAAUCAAAAGAAAGAAAAUAAACCACACACAUUUUUAAGGUAAAAACUUGAGUUUAUAUUUUGAUGAAGUUUGGAAAGAGGAUUAAAGAACAGAUACAAGAGUCGUUGCCGGAGUGGCGAGACAAGUUUCUUCGUUACAAGGAACUCAAGAAUCUGAUCUCUUCUCCGGCGCCGGUGGAAUCUAUUUUCGUCGGUUUGUUGAACGCAGAGAUCGACAAGUUUAAUGCUUUCUUCGUCGAACAAGAAGAAGAUUUCAUCAUCCACCACAAGGAGUUGCAAUAUCGGAUUCAGAGAUUGGUAGAGAAAUGUGGACACAAUGAUGAAAUGUCUAGAGAGAAUAUUAGUGAGAUCAGAAAAGAUAUUGUCAAUUUCCAUGGCGAAAUGGUUCUGCUAGUAAACUACAGUAACAUCAAUUACACUGGAUUAGCAAAGAUUCUAAAGAAGUACGACAAGCGAACAAGAGGAGGAUUAAGAUCACCAUUUAUUCAAAAAGUUCUUCAUCAACCGUUUUUCAAGACUGAUCUUGUUUCAAGACUAGUAAGAGAGUGGGAGACGACGAUGGACGCGGUGGAUCCAGUGAAGGUGGCGGAGGCGGAGGGAUACGAGAGAUGUGCGGCGGUGACUUCGGCAGCGGCGGGAGAAGGGAUAUUUAGGAAUACGGUUGCGGCAUUAUUGACUAUGAAAGAGAUGAGAAGAGGAAGUUCGACUUACAGUGCAUUCUCACUUCCGCCGCUAAAUAUCUCCGAUUCCGAUAAUGUUCUCCGAUCUCUUCAUCUAUCUUCUCCGAUUCCUAUUCCAUGAUGUUGUUGUCACUUUCCUUCGGACAACAUAUAUACGCAAUAUGACAUUAUCGUAAUUAUUUAUUUGUAACUCUUUUUCGAAUUUUAAAACCUUUUGAGU